AUGAGUAACUUCCGGCUCUUCGGUCCUGACGAGACCGAGUCCAACAAGCUUUCUGAGGCAAGCAAUGACCAAGGCGUUGAGCCUGAUAUUGUGAUCGCAUCUUGCGGAGACGUCUCAACACACAAGGCCCUCGCCGCCACCGCACUUCUACGGGAGCAUCUCCCGCAGUUGAAGGUACAUUUUGUCAACGUGGUGGACCUCUUUAGAUUGAUCUCAGCCAUCCACCAUGCACACGGCAUGUCGGACAAGAAGUGGAAGGCCAUCUUCACCACCGAUAAUUCUAUCGUCUUCAACUUCCACUCCUACCCAUGGCUUAUCCAUCGACUCACGUACAAACGGCCCGGUCAGCAUAACUUGCAUGUGCGAGGAUACCGGGAGAAGGGUAAUAUCGAUACUCCAUUUGAGCUGGCCAUGCGCAACCAGACCGAUAGAUAUAGCCUCGCUAUCGAUGCGAUCGAUUUAGUUAAAUCUCUCCGCAACACUGCAGCAGGCUUUAGAGACAAGCUGCUCAAUGAGCAGGUUGCGGCUAAGGCAGAGGCUUACAAUAAUGGUGUCGACCCUGGGCACAUUCGGAAUUGGACUUGGCCUUGGCCGAGAAAGUAG